GGAGGGGACGCAAGGAAAGUAGAGAGCCACCAGAACUAUGCAAUCACAAAAACACACUCGUCUCUAUGGACUGUAAAAUGAAAAUAUCACACAUCCUCCACUUGGAUUGGAAGAAACAACACAUGCGACUCUGAUGACCAACACAAUAACGGAAUUCACUUUUUGGAGUUUGGGAGUUCACUCCGAAAUAAUCUUUUGGCGUUUCAAGCAACAGUUUGUAAAUAUCGCUGAGACAGAACGACUAUCCCCUAGCAAGCCUUCAAGAUGGAGGAGGAACAGUGCUUCUACAAUGAGUCCAUUGCCUUCUUCUACAACCACAGUGGAAAGUACCUGGCUACAGAGUGGAAUACCGUCAGUAAGCUGGUGAUGGGGCUGGGUAUCACAGUAUGUAUCUUCAUCAUGCUGGCUAACUUGCUGGUCAUGGUGGCUAUAUACGUCAACCGCCGCUUCCACUUCCCUAUUUACUACCUGAUGGCCAACCUGGCGGCCGCGGACUUCUUUGCCGGCCUGGCGUACUUCUACCUGAUGUUCAACACGGGCCCGAACACGCGGCGCCUCACGGUCUCCACGUGGCUGCUCCGACAGGGUCUCAUCGACACGUCCCUCACGGCGUCCGUGUGUAACCUCCUCGCCAUCGCCAUCGAGCGCCACAUCACCGUUUUCCGCAUGCAGCUACACACGCGCAUGUCCAACCGGCGUGUGGUGGUGGUGAUUGUCGUCAUCUGGACCUUGUCUAUCGUCAUGGGAGCCAUCCCGUCGGUAGGGUGGAACUGUAUCUGUGACAUCGGCACGUGUUCUAGCAUGGCUCCGCUGUACUGUAACUCCUACCUGGUGUUCUGGGCCGUAUUCAACCUGGUCACCUUCCUGGUCAUGGUGGUGCUGUACGCUCACAUCUUUAUGUACGUGAGACAGAGGACCAUGAGGAUGAGCAGACACAGCUCUGGGCCACGCAGGAACAGAGACACCAUGAUGAGUCUGCUGAAGACUGUCGUCAUCGUAUUGGUCCUAAUGGCCUGUCUUGUGCCGCGCGUGGAUGAGGGCGUGGAUGAGGGCGUGGCUGAGGGCGUGGAUGAGGGCGGCCACUUCGUUAUUUAUCUUCGGUAA